AGUUAGUAUUUUAAUAACUUUAGUCAUUAAUCUUUAUUGAUACACAUAAUUGAGAAAUCAAUUGUCUGGAAUUUAGCAUGAAGAUGAAGGUAGCUAAAUAGUUGAUAGUUGAUAGGCCAAUGAAGCAAAUAGCAAUCGGAAAUCCAAAGUUGUGAAUCAUAAUUCAAAUCAUAUCGUGUCACUUCAUAACCCACACAAAGCAUUCACCUACACACACCUGCUUCCCACUUCACCAAUCCCUUCUUCCAUGGCGGCGGUGAUUGCGCCGUCCCUGCAGCCGCCGUCGUCCCCGCCCAUCUCCUCCCUCCUCUCCGUCCGUGCAACCGCCUCCUCCGGACUCGUCCCUCACAACAACCACAAGAAGCAGAAGCACCACAAGAAAAAGCCGGGAGCUUUUGGGAAUUUCAGCCACUUCGCUAACGUGGUUCGCAAGGACGUGGAUUUCCUCAAGAGAGGGAUCGAUAGCGGAGUUACUUGGGCCUCUGAGACCUUCCGCAUUCCCCAGGUUGCCAAGAAAAUCGACGACAUAGUAUGGCUUCGCCACCUCGAGGAUCCUCUUGCUCCUCCUUACUCUUCUCCUUCUUGGCCUCAACCUUGGUACCCAGGACUGACUGCAGUGGAUUUGCUAAUGGCUGAUCUCAAGGCCUUGGAGGCAUAUGCAGGUUACUUAUAUUAUUUGUCUAAGAUGUGGUCUAAGCCCCUUCCUGAAGUUUAUGACCCUCAGGAUGUUGCUCACUACUUCAGUGUCAGGCCCCAUGUGGUGGGCCUUCGGGUUCUUGAGGUAUUUUCCUCCUUUGCCGCUGCUGUGAUCAAUAUUCGAACUUCGGGGAUUAGAAAGUUUCUACAACUAAGUUCAGAAGAGGAGUUGGAUGAUAAAACCUCCGAUUAUAAUUUUGGGAUGGUGUUAAAGGAAACAAUGCUUAAUCUCGGCCCAACCUUUAUAAAAGUUGGUCAGUCCCUUUCUACAAGACCAGAUAUCAUUGGUGUUGAGAUGUCCAAGGCGUUGUCUGAACUGCAUGAUCAAAUCCCUCCUUUUCCCAGGAAUGUUGCUAUGAAAAUUAUUGAGGAAGAAUUAGGUUCUCCUGUAGAGUCAUACUUCAGUUACAUUUCUGAGGAACCUAUAGCUGCUGCAUCAUUUGGUCAGGUCUACUUUGCUCGUACUACGAAUGGCAUUAAUGUUGCUGUGAAAGUUCAGCGUCCUAAUUUGCACCAUGUGGUGGUGCGAGAUGUCUAUAUUCUUCGCCUUGGGUUAGGGCUGCUGCAAAAGAUUGCCAAGAGAAAGAGUGACCCUCGCCUAUAUGCUGAUGAGCUUGGGAAAGGUUUUGUUGGUGAAUUGGAUUACACUUUAGAGGCUGCAAAUGCUUCAAAAUUUCUGGAAGUUCACUCUCGCUUUACUUUCAUGCGCGUGCCAAGGGUGUUUCACCAUUUGAGUCGAAAGAGAGUUCUGACCAUGGAGUGGAUGGUUGGUGAAAGUCCAACAGAUUUGCUCUCUUCAUCUACUGGGACCUCAGCUAGAAAUGUCUCUGAAUAUGCAGAAAAGCAGAAAGUAGAUGCAAAAAGGCGUCUCCUUGAUAUGGUUAGCAAAGGUGUUGAAGCAACAUUGGUGCAACUACUUGAAACAGGCUUAUUACAUGCUGAUCCACAUCCUGGUAACUUGCGUUACACUUCCUCAGGACAACUAGGGUUUCUGGAUUUUGGUUUGCUUUGUCAAAUGGAAAAAAGGCAUCAGUUUGCAAUGCUGGCUUCAAUAGUUCAUAUAGUAAACGGUGACUGGGCAUCCCUUGUCCGAUCGCUGAUGGAUAUGGAUGUUGUGAGGCCAGGAACAAAUAUCCGAGUUGUUACUUUGGAAUUGGAGCAGGCCGUUCUUGGAAAGAUUUGGUCUGUGGCACUCAAGUAUCAUUUCCGUAUGCCACCAUAUUAUACACUUGUGUUACGAUCCCUAGCUUCAUUUGAAGGUUUGGCUAUCGCUGCUGAUAAAAACUUCAAGACUUUUGAGGCUGCAUACCCAUAUGUCGUCCGGAAACUUCUCACGGAAAACUCACCUGAAACAAGGAAUAUACUUCAUUCGGUGCUUCUAAACAGAAAGAAGGAGUUCCAGUGGCAAAGGCUUUCCCUAUUCUUGAGAGUAGGGGCAACUAGGAAAGCCUUGCAACAAGUAGCGUCAAACGGCGAGAUAUCCCUUGAUAAUUCACUGAAUAAGGGCACUGAUACAUUUGAUGUUGCAUACUUGGUCUUGAGACUUUUGCCAUCCAAAGAUGGUGUAGUUCUAAGAAGACUCCUCAUGACUGCUAAUGGAGCUUCAUUGAUCAAAGCAAUGGUCUCGAAGGAAGGGAAGUUCUUCCGCGAACAACUUUGCAAGAUCAUCACAGAUGCAAUGUGCCAAUGGAUGAUUAAAUUAUUUGGACAAGGAAUUACAGCUGCUCACUUUUCCCCUAGCAACCGAGAACCAGGUCUCUCCCCUAGAUCGUCCGUUCCUGCAUACGACUAUAACUCCCUCUUUAGGGAUCGGCGACUAAGGUUGAUAUUCUCCCAUAUUCUAAAAUCCGCAAGCAGCGAUAAAAUACUGAUGCUGCGGUUCUGCUUGGCUUCUAUGGUUAUUAUGAUCAAGGCUUCAACGAUGGCUUGCCACCGGGCGAUUAUGCUCCUUUCCGAAGCUUACUUGGUCCCAUUAUUCGACACUCCGAAGAGAUAUGCAGUCAGUACAUGAUAUCUUAUUCGAACUUAUAGAGAGCAUUCUUAUCUUUUACUCACUUCUAACAAGAGUAACUGUAUUUAUAGUGUAGUUGAAUGUUUUGGCUUUGGGGCCAAUGUGAAGAAAUAUAGGCAUAGGAUUACACAGUGUUGUAGUUACAUUUCCUUUAUAUAUAUAUAUAUGUGGGGAAAUAUCUUUACACUCUGGGUUUAUGUUGCUAUUGUCCAGAACUAGAUUAACCUACGAGUAUGUACAGUAUCAUGCAAAUUGCAAAGUUUAAUAAAGUGCUUCUUGAAGACUAGACUUUGACUGCC